GAGUAAUUCCGUUUCAUCAACCAAUCAAACAUUCUUUUUCUCGUUCACUCACAAAUCACAAUUAUCCAUUUUAUUUCACCUAUUGUUUCUUAUUUUCUUCAUAGAUUUCCAACCAUCCCAUUUUACUCCUACUUCAAAUUUGAAAUGUUAAAACUGAACUAAAAUCGUUGUAUUCAGUUAGAACCCAACUCAAACCCUUCCCGGAAAAUCAAAUCCGAUUCGGAUGUUUAUUCUCCGGCCAUCGCCCUCUCUCUCCAUUCCUCUAUCUCCACUCCUCAAACCCUGCACCGUCGUCUCCACCCGCCGCAUCUCCGUCGCCUCCAUUCGCCGCAUCGCCGCCGCUCCCGUCGCCGCCUCUAUCUCUAUAACCCUAGACGAAACCCUACCGUACGGACCUUCACUAUCCAAAGGCCACAAUCCAUCAACCAACCCUAACUCAUCACAAUCACAACAAGAUGAUCAAAACUCAUUCAACGAAAACCACUUCACUCGCAUAUUCAACAUUUCUGCAAUUAGAGUCAACGCCGAUCGCUGUUACGCUCUAGAAAGUCAACUCCGAGGUCACCUAUUAAACUGGCCUCGAAUUCGGAACAUUGCUAGGGUUUCCGGAGACGAAAUUGAUGCAGAACUGCAGAAGUAUUUCAAUUCGAGUGACGAUGAAAUCGAACCGUUGGACUCGUUGAACCGGAGGAUUUACGGAAAGGCGGAAGGAGACGGGGAGAGGUUGAGUCCGGUUUUGUAUAGAGAGAAGCUUGUGAAAACGUUUAAUUCGAGAGGUUAUGAGAAGUUUAGGAAUUUGGCGAGGUUGUCGAGGCCGAAGAGGAAGUCGAAAGCGAAAACCGAGACGGAAGAGGGUAGAGAUGGGAAAAGGAAUGAGUGUUAUUUGGUAGAAGAGGUUGUGGAUGAAGAGAGUGGGGAUGAGAAAGAGGAUUUGAGCGGGUUGAUUGGAGACAGUGUGUGUAGAUUAGGGAAGUGGAAAGGAUCGACGAGAUUGUUGUUGUUGGAUGAGAGAUAUGCGUAUAAGUCGUUUGAUGAAUUGCCUGAGGCUAUUAAGGCUUGCUUAAAGGGAUCAGUAUUUGAACUUGUGAGAUGCAAGCUGACAUUGUUUUACGGUUACUGGCAGAUGAAUGAGGUUUUAGAGGCUUUGCUUCCAGAGCAUAUGAUUGUCCCUUCUUCCUUUGAGACCGUUGGGCAUAUCAUUCACUUGAACUUGAGGGAUGAACAUCUUCCAUAUAAGAAUCUUAUAGCUAAGGUUGUUUUGGACAAAAACAAGCCAAAGAUACAAACAGUUGUGAAUAAGAUUGAUGCCAUCGAUAAUGAAUUUAGAACGAUGCAGCUUGAAGUUUUGGCUGGAAAUCAUUCUCUUGUGACAAGAGUAGUAGAGAAUGGACUUCAUUUUCAUGUUGAUUUGGCUUCAGUGUAUUGGAGCUCAAAGCUGGCAACCGAGAGGCAAAGGCUUCUAACUUGCUUUACACGGAGUGAUGUUGUCUGUGAUGUAUUUGCUGGGGUUGGUCCUUUAGCUGUAUUUGCAGCAAAAAAAGUUAAAUAUGUUUACGCAAAUGAUUUGAAUCCUCACGCAGUUGACUAUAUGCAAAGAAAUUGUGUGCUCAACAAACUUGAAAGAAAGAUUGAGGUUUUUAACAUGGAUGGAAGAAGAUUUAUUGAUGCCAUCUUUAAGAGUCAAAGCUCUCGGCCCAUCACACAAGUGGUCAUGAAUUUGCCCAAAGAUGCGGCUGAGUAUCUUGAUGCAUUUAAGGGAAUAUUUAGAGAUGUGGAAAGGAGUAAAGGGUUGACCUUGCCAAUGAUUCACGUCUAUGGAUUCUCAAAAGCGGAAGAUCCGGAGUUUGAUUUCCAUGAGCGGAUAAGAAUUGCAUUAUCGGAGGUGGCGUUUGAAGUGAAAAUGCAUAAAGUACGUCUUGUCGCCCCUGGAAAAUGGAUGCUGUGUGCAUCAUUUGUUCUUCCUGAAAGAGUGGCGCUUGCCAAUCCAAUUUCAGAACUGUAAAGUUGUUUUAUUCUACCUUAAAACAGUAGAGGUAUGCUGUACAUUGUAAAUUGAUGCUAUAAUCUUUUCUCACUGCAUUUGCAUUGGUAUUUAAUAUAGCAAAUUUAGUUAAUGUAUUGAACAUUUGAACUUAGUGGGGUUUCUCUGUGCUACGCAGUGGGCUUCUGGUCGGUAUCAGUGGUACUGGCACUCGUGUAUUGAAUUUGAUUUAAAAUUGUUAAUUGGGCUUUUUAAUGUUACUGGGCCUGCACACAGAUCUGGACCAAACAAUGAGCAGUUGGCUUUUCAAGACGGUGCUCGUAUUUUUGGGUUUCUGAUUUUGGGCCUUAACGUCUCUAAAUAUGGGCUGCAAAUAAUUAAGUCAUUAUAUUAAAUGGGGUUAUGUAAAUAAUGUUGCGUGUUAUUUCCGUAGAACUUUUAGCUAAGUAAUCAGUUUAAAUAAAUUUGAAGAGUUUGUAUAAA